GCAGGCAAAGAGGGGCGACCCAGGCAGACAGCCGCACUCUCCGCGGCGCUUCUGACGGAGCUCAGGCCGAGCAGAGGCGUCAUGAUGUCGGCUGUGGAGACGUCGGCGUGCCGGCCUGCUGCAGCACAUCUGCUCAACUGGGUCUACAUGUCCCUGCAGGACGACGCCCGGGACUCGAACCACUCGGAGCCCAGCGCUGCUGACCUGACCACCAACUACCUGAACAACUUCUUGCACCUGAGGACCGAGUCCUUCAACAACAACCUGUGCAAGGUUUCCUCGCCCCACGGUUCCCUGGGCAAUAUCGUGGAAGGCCUGAGCUGUCUGGCGGACCACUUCUCCAACCUCUCCCUGUCCCCGGAGUCCCGCAAGCAGGGCAGCAAGAGGCCUCCUCCGCCCAACUACCUGUGCCACCUGUGCUUCAACAAGGGUCACUACAUCAAAGAUUGUCCACAGGCUCGACCCAAGGGCCAGGGCCUGACGCCCUAUCAGGGCAAGAAGAGAUGUUUCGGCGAAUACAAAUGCCCGAAAUGCAAGAGAAAAUGGAUGAGCGGAAACUCUUGGGCCAACAUGGGACAAGAGUGCAUCAAGUGCCACAUCAACGUGUACCCUCACAAGCAGCGUCCUCUGGAGAAGCCGGAUGGGCUGGACGUGUCCGACCAGCGCAAGGAGCAUCCGCAGCACUUGUGUGAGAAAUGCAAAAUCCUGGGCCACUAUUGCCGCCAGGACGAAUAAUAGUGUAACUCUGUGGUGGUGGUAGUGGGGGGUGGGGGGCACUGGCCCUUAAAGGAGGCGGCUUCUUGCGGUGGACGCUGAAGCCUUACAAAGCCAUGAAUAGCGUUUUAAUUCAAAUUAAGAAACCCAGCAAUAUAUGCAAAAGUAUCGUUAGCAACUGUGAAUAAACAUCUGUAACAUAUUCAUUUUAUCUUUGUAUAUACCAGGAAUGAAUGGAAAUGACAAUGUAAUCUAUGUGAAAUAUGCAACAGAGAUGAGCAGUAUUAAUGAGUGCCUUGGAAGCGGAUGGUGCAUUAAGAGCAGGGGUGUCCAAAGUAAGGCUAUUUUUUUUAACCGUUUUAAAAAUAUUACAAUAAAACAUUAAAAAGUGGAAUAAAAGAGCAAAUAGGUGCAAUAUUGACACCAAUAACACUGUCAUUGCUAAAAAAAAGAAUGAAAAAUUAUAAUUGACAGAUCUGAAAGAGAUUCAAGCAUCAGUAAAAAUAAGUAAAAAUAAUAUAUAUUUAUAUAUGAUAUAUUUCUAACACUUUUAGAAGUGGGGAGGCCAUUUGAGAUUCUUAAGACCUUCAAUCCGAUUGUUUUGCUUUAACUUUCAUUGCUUAAAACUUAUGAACCCAAAGCAAUGUUGUGAAGGAUUUACCCAUUUAAGGCUCCAAAUACGUCACAUCAAAUAUUCCACUUUGAACACAUUUUUGGUAGAAAAUAUUGCAUAUUGUGUUUUUCCUAUUAAAAGAGGGUUUUGACAAAAAAGGGCAAGAAAUAAAAUGUAACUUUCUGUCAACGGCUGGAUCUGAAGUCAAUAGAUAUUUAGACAUUGAGUAAAAAAAGGAAAAUAAUAUAUAUAUAUAUAUAUAUAUAUAUACAUACACACACACACACACACACACACACACACACACACACACACCCA